AUGUCGGCUUCUCAGAUACCCAAUCUGAACACACUCCGACGCGGUGGAGGUCGAGGGCGUCUUAGAGGCCGUGGAGGAUUUGGCACAGGCACACCAGGCGAAGAAAGACAUGGGUCACGGGGAAUAGCAGCCCAGGACCGUGUCGUACAAGGGACAGACAAUGACGCCAGCGUCUCCCGGUUGAGCGCGGUGGAAAUUGGGUAUCUCGAUGAUCCUUUUGCGAGGGCAUUGACGCCUCCGGGGUCAGAAACAAGAAGGCUUCCCAUAAUCAACAGAGGCACCUACGUCCGCACCACUGCCAUCGACCGACUCGUUGCGCGAUUCUUGGAAGGCCCUUCAGAGACGAAAAAGCAGAUCAUCUCACUAGGCGCAGGAUCUGACACGCGCAUCUUCCGGUUGCUUUCCUCUCGCACGUUGGCCUCAAGUCCAGACCUGAUCUAUCACGAGAUUGACUUCUCCGCCAACACUGCCGCGAAGAUCAAGUUCAUCCGCGCGGCACCUCUCUUACAACGGACACUGGGAAUUGGGAGUGCCGAAAAUGUAUCCAUCUCCGACUCCGGCGACGCAUUGCACUCGCCGACAUACCACCUCCAUCCUGUUGAUCUCCGAACACUAGCAGCAUCAUCGUCAGCAACCACGUCGCGAAGCCCAUCAUCACCCAAUCCGACGGAGAAGGAUCAACCACCCUGUCCGCUACAGGGUGUCGAUCCAACACUCCCCACGUUACUCAUCUCAGAAUGCUGCCUUGUAUACCUCUCACCCCGCGAUGCGACCGAUGUCGUCGAAUACUUUACUAAGGCCCUUUUCCCGGCGAGUGUGCCAUUGGGUUUAAUUAUCUACGAGCCCAUCCGACCAGACGACGCCUUUGGACGAACGAUGGUCGCCAACCUCGCGACGCGCGGGAUCCAGCUGCAGACAUUGCACGAGUAUGCGUCGCUAGAGGCUCAACGGAGACGGUUACGGGAGCACGGGCUUGAUAGCGGACAAGCGGCGGCGGACAUUGAUUUCAUCUGGGAGCGGUGGGUGAGUGAGGCGGAGAAGGAGCGGGUUGCUGGAUUGGAGAUGCUGGAUGAGGUCGAGGAGUGGCAGUUGCUCGCGCGGCACUAUUGUGUUGCAUGGGGAUGGAGAAGCGGGGCGGGGGAGGAUACGGUGGCGUAUGAUGGAUGGAAGGAGAUUGAGGAACAGACUGGGGAGUGA